AUGACAUCUCUUAGAGCAAAGUUCCAGUCGCGAUCCUGGCAAAAGGAUCAAUUCGCCAUCUCAACAGACCCCAACCUAUUCCCUAUCUCGCAACUCUCAGACAUCUUCGAUUCAAAGGAGUUCUACUGGGCCAGCGCGCUAUCACCCGUGGCUUUCAAGGAGGCUCUUCACAACUCCCUUUCUUUCGGCGUAUACGACUCGGCUCAGUCGUCCGGCCCUGAAUCACCAGGCAAACUGAUUGGCAUCGCUCGAUUGGUGACCGAUUUCGUCACCUUUGCGUAUCUCACAGACGUAUGGGUAAACCCGACAUAUCAAGGAAAAGGCUUAGGGAGCUGGCUUGUUCGCUGUAUGCGGGAAGUGUUGGACGAGAUGCCAGAUUUACGAAGGGCAAUGUUGCUUACGGGAGACUGGGAGAGGUCGGUGCCGUUCUAUGAGAAGCUGCUGGGUAUGAGCUUGGUUGAGCCAAAGAGGGGUGAAGGACUUGCUGUUAUGGAGAGCAAAGGGAGAGGGCAUCCGAGCUAUGGGAAGUCAGGACUAGGUUAUAACUGA